CUAUGAAGAUGGGGUCUAUUUUUCUCGAUGUAUCUAACGGCCUCAAAGCGUUGGAUUUGUCGCUGAGAUUGUUCGUUAUUCCUUUCAACGUCGCUUCGAUAUGGAUUACUGUUACCAACCAUCAGGAUAACACUGUUUAUGGCAAUUUAGAGUUCAAUAAUUUCAAAGGCCUCAAGUACAUGGUUUGCAUCAGUGCAAUAUCUGCAGGAUAUGCUUUGUUUGCUGCUGUUUCUUCAUACCUCAAAUGCUUACUCACUAAAGCAUGGCUUUUCUUUCUCACUGAUCAGGUAUUAGCAUACCUAAUGGUGACGUCACUUGCAGCGACGUCGGAGUUUCUAUACUUAGCCUAUAAUGGUGACAAAGUCGUUUCAUGGAGCCAAGCUUGUGACACUUAUGGAAAGUUCUGUAGUAGGUUGAGAAUAGCUUUGGUGCUUCAUAUAAUUGCCGUUUGUUGUUUCUUAGCGUUGUCCGUGAUUUCUGCUUACCGAGUCUUUAGGAGAUUUGGACCUCCGUUUGUUCCUUCCGAAGAGGCUGAACAUGCGAGGACUUAGAACUUUUUUGAGGAUUUUGUGUUUGUGUACUAAAAUCGGACUUCAAAUAUUACAUUUUAUUUUACGAUAUGUUUGUCAAAGCUUUUGGAAACGGGCUACUGAGUCUUUUUGGGCUUACAUUAUGUU